AUGCUGGCGACUACGCGGAGACUGGCGGCGCGCUGCAGCGCCAAGCCGCCGAUGGCGGGCGCGCGCUCGUUCGCGGCCAAGGGCAAGGGCGCCGCGGCCGCGGUGGAGGAGGUCGUGGACCUGACCAAGGUGGUGCCCACCAACAUCCUCAAGGACGGCGCCCACCCGGAGCUCAAGGACAAGUCCGAGUACCCGGACUGGCUGUUCACGCUGCUGGACCCCAAGCCCACGCUGGGCGAACUGGAGCGCGCGGGCUUCGACAACCUGGAGAUGGAGGAGCAGCACCGCUACCUCGUGCUGCUCAACCGCCGGACGGUCAAGGCCAACAACGCCGACAAGGCCAAGAAGUAA